AUGACUAUGCGUUACCAACUUUGCUUCUUGGUUGUUUUUCUUCUUGGUGCGCUGGCAGCACCCAUCGAAAGGCGUAAAAGUUCUCAAUUUAGCGGCGACCUUACAUACUACACACCUGGUCUCGGUUCAUGUGGAGAGACUAAUACGGCUACGGAUUUGAUUGCUGCCUUGAAUGCCCCACAAAUGGCAAACGGUGAGAACCCAAACAAGAAUCCCAAUUGUGGCCGCAAAGCUCGCGUGAAAACGAAGAAAGGCUCGGUUACUGUCAAGAUUGUUGAUACAUGUCCUCCUUGCAAAUCAGGCGAUUUGGACCUUUCUCCAGCCGCGUAUAAACGUGUAGGAGAGUUUGCAGAUGGCCGUAUCCAGGGUACUUGGGAAUGGGUAUAA